UCUCGUCUCGGCUCCCGAGUCCCGGAAACAAAAUCCAUUGCUAGGGCAUCCAUUUUCUAUCUCCUUCUCUCCAACCUCCCUUUGGCAAAUUUUCAACUCAGAAGGAUUUCUGAAACCUAGGGCACACGACAACAGAGUAUACGGGUUUAUAGAUCUCUAUUGCUCUAAUUUGUUACUCUCAGAUCCGCCAUUACCGACAUCUUAAUCUCGAAGCAACUCUCUCCAGGGUUCUGCGAAGAUGACAGAGCCUUCUAAAGUCAUUCAUAUACGCAAUGUGGGGCACGAAAUAUCUGAAAAUGAUCUCCUUCAGUUGGUCCAGCCUUUCGGUGUCGUCACUAAGCUAGUGAUGCUACGUGCUAAAAACCAGGCUCUUCUCCAGAUGCAUGAUGUCGCCUCAGCUGUCAAUGCAUUGCAGUACUACACGAAUAUUCAACCAAGUGUCAGGGGGAGGAAUGUGUACAUUCAAUUCUCUUCACACCAGGAACUAACAACAAUGGAUCAGAAUGCUCAAGGACGCAAAACCGACCAGGAUACACAGCCCAAUCGAAUUCUCUUAGUUACAAUCCAUCAUAUGCUCUAUCCUAUAACAGUGGAAGUGCUGCAUCAAGUGUUUUCUCCUCAUGGAUUUGUGGAGAAGAUCGUCACAUUUCAGAAGUCAGCUGGUUUUCAAGCCCUUGUCCAGUAUCAAUCACGCCAGAAUGCUGUUUCAGCAAGAAGUGCUCUUCAAGGACGCAAUAUUUAUGAUGGUUGCUGUCAACUGGAUAUUCAGUUUUCAAACCUUAGUGAGCUACAAGUGAACUACAAUAAUGAGAGGUCAAGGGAUUUCACAAAUCCAUCUCUGCCAUCAGAACAGAAGGGCAGAUCUUCACAACCUGGGUAUGGUGAUGCAGGGGGUAUGUAUGCACUUCAACCUGGAGGCAGGACAGUUGCGUUUCCACAGAUGGGGAAUGCUGCAGCAAUAGCAGCUGCAUUUGGUGGAGGAUUGCCUCCUGGGAUAAGUGGCACUAAUGACAGGUGCACUGUCCUGGUCUCUAACCUAAAUCCUGAUAAAAUUGAUGAGGAUAAACUUUUCAACCUAUUCUCCAUCUACGGGAACAUUGUAAGGAUCAAACUUCUUCGUAAUAAACCAGAUCAUGCACUUGUUCAGAUGGGAGACGGUUUCCAGGCUGAAUUGGCUGUGCACUUUUUGAAGGGUGCUAUGCUAUUUGGGAAGCGAUUAGAGGUGAACUUCUCUAAGCAUCUGAACAUUACAGCAGCACCAGACACACAUGAGUACUUGAAUUCAAACCUUAACCGCUUCAACCGCAAUGCUGCAAAGAACUACCGCUACUGCUGCUCCCCAACCAAGAUGAUCCACCUGUCCACUCUUCCUCAGGACAUCACAGAAGAGGAGAUUAUUACUCACCUGGAAGAGCAUGGAACCAUUGUCAAUACUAAGCUCUUUGAGGUAAAUGGGAAGAAACAGGCCCUUGUGUUGUUUGAGACGGAGGAGCAGGCCACUGAGGCUCUUGUGUGCAAGCAUGCCAGCACCAUUGAUAGAUCAGUUAUCCGGAUCUCCUUCUCCCAGCUGCAAACCAUCUAAAAAGAUUGACCUUGUAGCAAGGAAGAUGAAUGUUCACAUGUAUGGGAGGAUAUUUAUGAGUGGGCAACAGGUCUUCUCUCUUUUCCUCAAAUCUCAAUGUGCUAACGGAUGUGUUUACUUUUUUUUACAUUGUCUAUCUUCUGUUGCCUUAGACUUCUAUUUUUAGGUUUUUCCAAUGUCAGGAGACAGAUUGUUGCCAUAAAUUAGAGGGCUAUAUAAGAUGGAUUGUGAAGAGAAGUGGCUUUGUGGGUUUCCAUUUCUUUCUUUACUUGUAGUAUAUGCUUUUGGAUACCAGAUCAGUAGAUCACGAGCCAAGCCUUUCAUAUUUUAA